AUGUUUCUGGAAGUUAGUUUCAAUGCGCAAGCGUCACGUUUUAGUACAAAAUCAUAUGGCACAGCGUCAUUGGAAAGGACUAGAAUGUUUCAGGAUUAUCAGUCGCUCAAACAAUCACAGAUUGCAACAGAAUUGGUAACAGGUGAAAGUUAUAGUAAGAACAGAGGUUUAAAAACCUUUCACUUUGAAUUGAGUUUAUGUGAAUUUUAA